AUGCACCUUUUCAGAUUUCAGAUGAUUCAAUUGAAACGAGAUUCACCUUCGCCUGCUGAAUGUGCUUCAGAAGCGAAGAAACUCAAAGGAAAUGUUGAGUUACCUGUCACUGAAACUGCUGACAUCGAAAAUUCUACGUCUAUUGAUGGGAAGUCUACUUCAGCAAAUUCCACAAAUGAUCCGUCGUCCUGUUCCACAACUACGACUCAUGAGAAUAAUCAGCGUGAGAAAGAUCUCAGGCGAGAACGUGGAGAAAUGCUUCUCAAACUAUUCCGGGAGCACCCACAGCUCACUGAUACAGCUACUGCCAGAAAAGCUGAGAAAAAUCUAGAAAGAGCACAAUUGUGGGAGGAGAUAACACGUCAGAUCAAUGAUGCCUUCAGCUGCAGGCUCGAAACAUUAUCUGUUGAAAAGACGAAGAAACUGCUUACUUACUAUAAAAAGAAAGAUGAUGGGAGUUAUGACAAAAUUAAAGCACACAAUCAGAGUUCUUUCGAUGAAUACCAGACAGAUGGCGAUUUUGAUUCCACAGAUCCACCAUCCAGAUGCGAAUCAGUUGUAAGCGAACACGGAGGGUUUGAGGGUGAUGCCUCUACGACCGCCCAUGCAACUGUUAGCACUGAAGCUGAACAACAUCUGCGAAGAUUUAUUGUAUCGCUUGGCUCGUCUUCCUGUGACUUGUCCGCAGCGAAGUCGGAAUCGCCUCCCUCAACUAUCCUUCCUGAUACAGCCUACAACCUGAAGAAGGAGCGUCAUGAUUUCGUCGUAGCAACGGCGGACCAUUACCUGGAGAGGAUGUGUUUUGACAGUUCGUCAAGAUCAGCACAAGUUAAUGCGGAGAGGCACAAUAUGUGGGUGAAGAUCACUCAUCUUACUAAUGAGAAAUAUGGAAGUCUGUUGAAUCCGCUUGGUGUUGAACAAACAAAGAAGCUGUUCUCAAACUGCAAACGACGUCGUAGACUGCGCGUGGAUAAAGGUGGUGAAGACUGGCCAUUAUUACCGCUCUCAAGCACCACAGAAUCCGUGUCAUCGGAACCCGAUAGUGCUGCUACCAACAACACCAGCAGCGUUGCAUCGACUCUUGACAGCUUUAUCGCUCGUGAUGACAGUUCCUCUGGUCAUCACCUUCAGUAUCUAAUGCAUGGACUUGACCUCAGCGUUGAAAUCAGGGAACUGAGACGCCAGCUAGCCGAAAGCGAAGCUGAGGUGGCUCGUCUCCAACGCAUAAUCGUUGAGCAAGCAAAUGACUACCGAUCUCGCAUCAGUUCCCUUGUUGAUUUUUUCAAAGCGGCUGCUGACAAAAAGGUUGCUGAAGAUAUCCGAAGUUAUUUGGGCGUAACAUAA